GAAAAUUCCAUUCAUAGAGAUUUGCAUUCAGGAAAUAUAUUAUAUUUUAACUAUACUAAUUAUUGGUAUAUUGGUGAUUUUGAAUUUUGUGGCCCUGUUGAUAAACCAUUAGGAAAGGUAUCAUCUGGAAGACCGCCUUUUGCUCAUUUUGAUCAUGAUUAUAAUCUUGCAAUGAAUCUAAUAAAAGGAAUGAGACCACCAAUUGUAUUAGAAACUCCAAUAGAAUAUAAAAAUAUAAUG